ACUAACGAAAGUGUAAAAAUGUAUUUCUAAAUUAUAUUUUAUUAGAAUUCUUAUUUUUUUUAAGUAAUUUUUUGAUCAGUUAUCUUGAAUAUAUUGUCCUUGAAAUUAAGUCAAUAGAAAUUCCAUUGCUUUAUGAUACUAUGCUUGGAGACAAUCUUGGCGAGUUAUUUAAAGCCUCACGACAUAUUCUCGUAGAUAUAUUCGGUACUCUUAGUUUUAAAUAACCGUUACGUGAAGCCCUACUCAAUGCGAAUGCCUCAUGUGCGAAGUGUAUGUGAAACUGAGAUAACAAAAGUUGAAAUAGUAGCCAGUGUGAUUUGGUGAUUAUUCUGUGUAAGUUUUUAUUAUAUUUUUCGAUUAAAUUAGAUGAUUGUAGAAUUAGUGAAUGCAUUAUGUAAUGCAUCUAGUUGUACAUUUUAUCAUUGAAUGCACGUUAUGCUUGGUAAAGUAUUCGAUAUAAUCUCAAUGAUAAAAACAACGUAUCAAAUAAUUUGUAAAUUUUUAUCUGUUAUAAAUGAAUUAUAUAACACUAUAUUAGAUGUUAUAACUAUGAAUUUCUCUUUGCCGUGUAGAGUCGGAUGUGCUUUAUUAUGCUCAUAUGUUUUCAUUAUGCUGAUGUCGCACUUGUUUAAAUGGCACAUAUCUUAAUAGGAUAAUGCCUGGAUCAAUAGAUUUGAUAGUGUCUACAGCGUACAUCGGAGUCACGAUUUGGGUAGCGUAUUGGCUAAGGCUGUAUGCGCUAUUUUAUCUUGACUCUUAUCCCCUCACAAGGACUUUGGCCCUUGAAUUCUUAGCUACGGCAGAAUUAUGUGGGGCAUGUUUCGAACUUAUUAUAAUUGCGGACAAUUGGGGAGUGUGGAUGUACGCGCUUUAUUUAUUUCUAUUAACGAUUUGGUGGUCGAUAAACUGGGAUGAAGCUUCGGCAUGCCCUUAUACACACAUGGAGGAUGUAGUAAUACGUAAAAAACCCUUGACUAUCGCAUUUCUAUCGAUAUGCGCAGAAUUGGCUGGCGGUUACAUUAUAUUUAAGUACAUCCAAAUAUUGUGGGCGCUUCAAUUCGCUUCGACGCACAAAAACAGGGCUUACGGCGAUUGCACUACAGAUUUACAGGUGUCCGCUCUAACUGGAGCACUUGUGGAAUGCGGUGCAACAUGCAUGUGCAGAGUAGUAUCUCGCAUAUUGGGUGACUUGAAUCCGAGGUUUAGCACAGUCAUCGAUGCUUUCGUGGGAACAUCUUUGGUGGUUGCAGCUUUCAAUUACACUGGCGGUUAUCUAAAUCCUGCAUUGGCGACUUCUUUAAAAUACGGUUGUCUGGGAACUUCGUCUUUGGAGCACGUGAUGGUUUAUUGGAUUGGAGCGUGCAUUGGAUCUAUCGCGUCCUUGCGCGUGUACCGUAUGCCACUUGUACAAAAUUUUAUUCAAUCACAGGAAAGUACAGAUAUCAUGUAUUCUUAGAUAACAUUCAGUAGAAUUUCAAGAGAAUGUAAAUGUUUGUGAUUUAAUCAUCAGUACCUAAUGCUCCUUAAUAACGUACAAAAAUCUAACAAUUAAUGUACAAAAUUGCGUGCCAAACGAUAAUUUUAUACAUUCCGAUUAUCGUGAAAAUGUAAUUAUGGAGCACUCAUGUCUAAUUACACUUCGGAGAUAAAAAGAUUGUUCUAAAAUUAUUGAACUUAUUAAUAAAUAUUUUAAAGAUAUUAUAUAA